AUGCAGUCUAGGAAAAUUUCCACCAGUCCCAACCCAUCAUACUCGUUUCAUGGUUCAAACUCGAGCAACUCCAAAGAUAAUGGGUCUGUAGUCCUGGAGGUAUAUAGAAAUAUGCUCACUACAAGUUAUGCUUCUGUAGAUCGGGUGGUCGAACUUACCACAUUCCCAACUACGCGACAAGUUACGCAAAUGAAAAUUCGAGACUUAUAUCGGUAA